GUCACCCCUUCGGAUUCAUUGGCUGUUUUGGCCGAUCAUUUGGAUUGCAUUCCUUACUUCCAAAAGGGAGGCAUCAAAGGCUUUGCCAGAAGUAUGCCAACAGCCGGUGCUGUGGAUCGAGUGGCGCUUAAAACCAAUAAAGAGAUCUUUGAGACGCCGACCGGUUGGAAGUUCUUCGGGAAUCUAAUGGAUGCCCAAAGACUGUCCCUUUGCGGCGAAGAGAGCUUUGGCACGGGUUCUGAUCACAUCAGAGAGAAGGACGGCUUGUGGGCUGUGCUCGCCUGGCUCUCCGUGUUGGCCAACACUCGUAAGGGUGUCGAAGAGAUUUUGGUGAAUCAUUGGAACAGAUUUGGCCGAAACUUCUUCACUCGAUAUGAUUACGAAAAUUGUGAGACAAAGCCAUCGAAUGAACUGAUGACCGAAUUGGAGAAACUGUUGUCGGGACCAGACUUUGUC